AUGUCUUUGGACGACCAUCCUCACGUCGUCGCAGAGCGUGCAGCCCACCAUUCCGUCCGAACGUGGCUUCGAUCUUUGCUUCGCAGGCCGUCGGAUACAAACGCAGAUGCGGGGCCCUCACAAGGCCCUGCUCUUGCUUCGUCAGAUGCCUCCUCCAACAUCGGCACAGAUAUGAUCUCUUUCCAUCACACUAUGGAGGAUGUCGAUCGGCCCCACUUUGCUCCGCCGCCAAGAUCCUUCAGUGGUGGCUCUAGCAAUGGCUCUUUGUCCUACGAAGCUGCGGCACGCAAAACAUUGGCUCAACCAAUCGCGACUCCCAGAGCGGCACCUUCCCACACUUCUCAAGACCUCUCACCGCACGACACACUUGCUACGAGCACAUCAUCUCCCAAGAGCCCUCGGCUCGGCCGCAACCUGUCCAUCAGUAUGGCCUCCUUCACAGACAAACUGCAGCAUCAAAGACGGGCAAGCGCAACCUACCGCCGCAUGCGAUCACCAAGUGCAGCUGCUGAGCCCGACAUCUCUUCCGCUCCUCUUACCCGCAGCAUAUCGUGGAAAGUCGACUCAAAUGCCCCACUCGUCUCCUCCCCACCGCCUCGGACUGAGAAAGACGAAGCCUUCUCUGCGCUGCUAGCACGUCCUCGCUGCGGUGACCAGCCGGGAGUAGAGGCUAGCAGGCCUGCCGACAAUUCGGCCCUGGGAUCCUCACAUUCCUCGAGCACUCAAGCCUGUUCAACGGAGAGAUCGUUGUCCGAACCGACUUCUAGCCUUGCUCCGCCUGGUCAUACACCGCCAAUACGCAGUUCAACUGCCACCACAAUCAACUCGACUUGCUCUCAUCUACCUACCAAUGAUGCUGGCAAUGAACUGCUCCUGCCUGAAGGCGAGCAGAUGCUCAAAGUCACGCACAAAAAGGUCAAGCCACGCACCUUCAAGCUCGAUCCAGACCGUGGGCAAAUCAUUUGGGAGUCCAAGAAGAACAAUCGUGUCAACCUCGAGUCAAUCCGUGAGGUUCGCUUCGGUCCCUCAGCUGCAUCCUACCGCACCUCGCUCAAUAUCUCAUCCGCGCAUGAGCCUCGCUGGAUCACCAUCAUCUAUCAGAAUCGUGGCAUCUACAAGGCGCUCCAUCUCAUUGCACUUUCGGACGCAUCUCUGUCGCGCUGGCGUACCAGCCUGCUCCACCUUCAGUCUCUCCGCAGAGAAUUGAUUGGAGCUGCAGGCACUUCCUCUAGCCUUGAACAUCGACGUCAUCUCUGGAUGCGUCACCACUGGAAGGAUGCUGACCAGUCCAAUGACGAGAAGCUCUCGAUCGCCGAAGUCAUGCAGCUCUGUCGCAGACUAGGCAUCGAGUCAAACAAGGCCCAUCUUCGACGCUGCUUCAAUCUUGCUGAUUGGCGCAAUCGCGGCUAUCUCGACUUUCAUGACUUUCAGCACUUCGUUUCGCUCUUGAAGCAGCGAGCUGAUGUGCAGGCUAUCUUCGCUGCCUGGGCAGAUCAACCACUGGAUCAUUUGCCGCCCACUUCUAAAGAGCCUGGUGCAGAGACAGCGAUAACACAAGCAGCACCGCAGUUUGAGCGUCAAUUAAGCUCGUUUGGCAGUCCGAGCACUGAUGCAGCAUCUUCGGCAGCUCCUCCCAUCAAGGAAACCGCACUCCGUAUCGGACCUGAGCCGUGCAGAACAUGUGCCAUCUCGAUCGAGAGUUUCCGUCGCUUCGUCCGUGAAGAGCAGUGCAACCGCGAGUUCACCGACGGUCAGAUUGACGAUCUCUUCCGCCGUCAUUGCAACAGUCGCCUUUCGACUUCAAAUCCAAUAGGAGCUUCGGUUGAAAAGGUUCAGAUGGACUAUGAUGGUUUCCUCGACUUUCUCUCCUCGUCCGACAAUCCGCCUCUACUCGAUCAGCUUCCCCUUUUCUCUACGAUGGUCGCUGAUCCUGUCGAUGUGCCUGUCAUGACUAGGCCAGGAACAUCAGCUGCCGCAGAAGGCGCACAAUCUUCCGACUCGCAGCUAGACAAAGGAGGAGCUCAGGCACAGCAGCAGCAGCGCACACCAUCACGCGCCUUUGCUGACACCACAGAGGAGCUGAUUGCUGCCGGUGCAAGCGAUUCGAUGGCCAACACGAGGAAGGUGGCAGCCCAUUUGCGCAAAUCGACCGUUCAGCACGACAUGACUCGUCCUCUAAGCGAGUACUACAUCAGCUCCAGCCAUAACACCUAUCUCGUUGGUGGGCAAUGGAAGGGCGACAGCACUGUCGAAGGCUACAUCCGUGCCCUGCUCCAAGGCGCACGCAGUGUCGAGCUCGACUGCUGGGAUGGCCCAAAUAACGUCCCGCAGAUCACUCAUGGCCGAACUCUCACGAGUCGUGUCCCCUUCCAAGAUGUCAUCAGUGCCAUUGCACGCUACGCCUUUGUCACCUCCCCCUAUCCCCUCAUCCUCAGUCUUGAGGUGCAUGCUGAUCCGCCCCAGCAGGAGGUAAUGGCACGCAUUCUUAGGGAUACGCUGGGCGAGAUGUUGCUGAGCCAGCCUCUUGGCUCGCAAGCAACGCCUGGCGUUGACGACGAGCUUCCGUCGCCUGAAGCGCUUAAAUUCAAAGUGCUUGUCAAGGCCAAGAAUGUCUCGGUGGCCGACGAACAGCGCAAGAUGAACGAUAAGAAGCCGGAAACCGGACAGCAGAGGGAUGGAACAAGCGUAGUUCCAGCCGCGGUGCUUGAGCAUUCAACCUCAGCCACAGAUACCACGACAACAACCGACUCGGAGAUCGAGUCGCGUCUCUCCAGCGCCAAGUCACUCGUCCGACGCGUCACCAGGCGUGGUCAUCGCGGCGAAGCUACGCAAAGUGGUGCGGCGCGAGACCGAAACAACAAGGCGACGGGCGUUCUAGAUGCACAGCGUGAUCUGCAAAGUGCAGCCAGUCGCAGCGGCAAACAAGCCAAGAAGAUGAUGUCGACUGCGCUUGCCUCGCUACUCAUCUACACCAUCGGCGUCAAAUGUCGAGGCUUCAACAAGAAAGAGUCGUACGCCAGGCAACACAUGGUCUCACUGUCCGAAAAGACGGCGCUCAAGAUGAUACGCGACCCCAUUUCAAACGAAGCGCUCAUCAAGCACAAUCGCACACAUCUAACGCGUGUCUACCCAUCGAUGAUGAGCUUUGCGCGUCUUCACGCUAGUCGCAACUUUGUACCGCUGGAUAUGUGGGCCACAGGAUGCCAGCUCGUGGCAUUGAAUUGGCAGACGACCGACUUGGGCUUCGAGCUGAAUCAGGCUAUGUUUAGCCGGAACGGGCGGUGCGGAUAUGUGCUCAAGCCGGCUGCAUUGCGGUUGAAGGAGCAGGGUAAGACGUUGGCCGGGAAGAUCGUGAGGUUCUCGCUGGAUCUGAAGAUUGUGUCCGCGCAGCAGCUGCCAAAGAAGAGUAAAGCGGGUGUGGGCAAGGACAAAGAGAAAAGUGCUAGUCAGGAUAAUAGGGAGCCGAUUGAUCCGUUUGUUGUCGUAGAACUGCUGACGCCAGGUUGCUGGGGUAAGCAGGCCAAGGGGUUGUUGCGGAAGUCAACGAAACGAAGCUCUUCGCUCCCUGUGCAAGUGCAGGAGCAGAAGAUUGAAUUGCCAAACGACCUUAGAACGAGUCUGAUCGCUACCGGCGCGCCAACGGAGUCCGUUGCCUCCGUAAACACCGGCCGUGCGCUGGAUGAUGGCGAGCGUCGACCAUCUGUUGUCACUGUCGACAGUGUUCAGCCUUCAGAGACUAGCACCCUUUUUGUUCCGGAGGCCGAACCAACCACGGCAAAUGCUCCUCUCUCCGACGAACGAACAGCCAGGCAAGACUCGGAGUCGACACUGCCUAAAGUAAACGCUCGUCCGAAGGCAGGUGCUUUGAUGCCGACGCAUCUGCUUCGUACGCCCACAGUCAAAGGCAACGGCUUCAGCCCUGAAUGGCACACGGAAAUGAGCGUGCUGAUCGACGUUCCCGCUAGUGCUAGCCCGGAGCUUAUCGCACUCAUUGCAGCCACCAAGACAGUCUCGUCGCAAGCGGACCUGGAGCGCCUGAGUCGGGGCCUGCUCGAUCUUUGCUUUGUACGAUUCGAGAUUUUCGACGACGAUCUGAAUGGCGAAGGCAGAGGCACAGGGUCGCACAUUACCGAUACAAACGGCGGUCCAGCCUUAACCAAUGUCGCACCUGUGUCCGAGUCUCUUUCUAGAGCUUCAUUGGACUCAACCCUGACAGCUCCUACCACCGCCAAAGACACUGACACAAGCAUUUUGGCGGACAAAGCUACUGAGGAAACGGGAAGAGCCAGUUCAGACAGCGCAUCCUCCGCAAUCUCCUCAGCUUCCUCUCUGGCUUCUUCGAUCGAUGCCGAGAGUGUCGCUGCUUACAGCGUGUCAGUCGGUGCUCUGCAGCAAGGAUAUCGACAUUUGCCGCUUUACGAUCACCAGCUGUCACAAUUUCUUUUCUCGACUCUGUUCGUUCAUUCAAAGUUGCGAUUGGUGGGGGUUAUGGAUGCUGGGUCACAGGCGAUGCCAUCGUAG